AAAAAUAACUUGAAUGAUACUGUAGCUGGAGUUUUUACUGGCUUCUGAUUUUAAAGCUAGUUAUCCAUCAAUUUGUGUAUAUGUAAUAAUAUGAGGAAUGAAUAUCUGAUGGAUGAAUAAUGACGAAAUAAUGAAUAUACAUUAUGAGGAGUUCGCAGCCAUAACGUCCCUCUGAGUGAAAUUAUAACUACGAUGUGGGCCGCGACAAAACCUGAGUUUGACACCCCUGAACUGUUUACUGUAAAUAAAAGUGUUGGAACACCGUUACCAUGGCAACACACAAACCCAUCAUGGCGUCCCUGUUGACAGACCCGCUGUUUGAAAUCUCUGGACGGGGUCCCUCAACUAACAAAAACUUCUAUAAUUGCGUUGUUACCAAGGAAGACGUGAUAUGGAGAUGGUGGAUGAUAUCUCCCAGAGCUGUAUACAGGCUUUCAAAGCCUGGUCAAAUGACCAUGUCUCAUGAGGAUUUCCUGGAUGACAGCAAGCUACAAAAUGAACUCGGCAUGAUCUUUGGCUAUGGUGCCUUGCAGUACACCAAGGCUCUAUGCCAAGGCCAUUUUGAUUACCUGGCACGUCUCCCUGACUCCUUACUUCUGCAGAUCGUCAACUAUCUGGAGCUCGAAGAUGUGGGUCAGCUUGGACGAACUUCGCAUAGGUUCAGGGAGCUAUGUGGCUCAGAGGAGUUCUGGGAGCAGGCAGUGCGGCGGUGCUGCAAAACAGUUUCCCCCGAGGUACCUGCCCUGGCACGAGAGGUGGGUUGGCGUAGCAUCUUCUUCACCAACAAGCUGCAGCUACAGAAGCUCCUCAGCCGCCGCAGGCUGAGGGCCGAAGAGGAGAAGGCCGAGCUUACUCCUGGGAAAAGAGGAAAGGCGGACGUGACUGAAGACAGCAUGGCUGGAUGGAAGAGGAGAAAAUGAGAGCGUGCUGAGUGAGAUGUACGUAAAGAGACCGGAUGUUUUUUUUCCACGCGUCACCAUCCCUGUUGAUCUGUGACUCCAUGCACGCCCAUCUCACAGCCGCUGUGAAAAACCGAGUGCAGCAAAUGAAGUCGGAGCUCACCAUCAUUCCGGGAGGCUUGACGAAGGAACUAAACAGGGCGUUCAAAGUGAAGUUGCGAGUGGCGUGGGAGCGAUGGAUGACAGAUGGCGAACACAGCUUUACUAAGACUAGGAGGCAGCGCCGGACGAGUUACGCCACCAUAUGUGAAUGGAUUGUGGAUGCCUGGGUUAAUCUGCUUUGACUGUUGUCCAAGCUUUAGCGACAGCCGGCAUCAUUGCAGAACAGCCCCCCGGCAACGAGACUGACUCCGACAAUGACGAGAGGGAACCCGGCAUGUUUGAUGGAGUACUUGCCCAGCUGUUCAUUUCGGAUACAGAAGAUGAGGACUUUGACGGAUUUGUGGAUGAGGAUUGUUAAAAAAAUAACAUUACUACAUUGUUAAAUACUUCAAUAAAGUACAACCGAACUCAGUUUUGCUACCGCUGCCUUUUUAAAAACAUAGGCUAGCAUGCAUUCUAGCCUAUGUUUUAGCGUGCAUCCAUGCUACCGUAUGUUUUAAGAUAGCGUAUGUUUUACCAUGCCUGGGGCCCAAUAAUACGGUGCGCCUUAUGUAUGUGUUAAAUACAGAAAUAGACCCCGUAACUGAGACUGCGCCUUUUAAUACGGUGCGCCUUAUGGUUGUGAAAAUAUGGUAUGUCAAGACAAAAUUUAGCCAUGUCGUGGCUCAUAUCUUGAAAAACUGUGAUUAGUGAUUAGGGAGUACGAAAUGAGGGAAUAAUUCCAAACACUGCUAAUGCCUUCAUUGGUAUCUGCCAACACAUUAUAGUAAUUUGGUUAUUAAUAUUAAAAAGGCACACUUACAAAGGCCACUUCAGAAAGGUAGCAGAGGAAAAUAAAAAAAGACCAAAAAUAUAUUACAGGGACAAAUGGAUUGAAAAACUGGAUAAUCUGGUAUCAGACA